AUGAGCAGUCUUCAGAUACACACUAGAGUUCACACCGGAGAGAUGCCAUAUUACUGUAAUGAAUGUGGUAAACCGUUUUCUCAAAUAGGCCAUCUACAGAAACACACGAGAGUUCACACUGGAGAGAAGCCAUAUUGCUGUAAUGAGUGUGGUAAACGAUUUUUAGAGAUGGGCAGUCUACAGAAACACACAAGAGUUCACACUGGAGAGAAGCCAUAUUGCUGUAAUGAAUGUGGUAAACAGUUUUCACAAAAGGGCCAUCUUCAGAUACACACGAGAGUUCACACCGGAGAGAAGCCAUAUUACUGUAUUGAAUGUGGUAAACAGUUUUCAGAGAUGGGCAGUCUACAGAAACACAAGAGAGUUCACACCGGAGAAAAGCCAUAUUUCUGUAAUGAAUGUGGUAAACAGUUUUCACAGAUGGGCAGUCUACAAAAUCACAUGAGAGUUCACACCGGAGAGAAGCCAUAUUGCUGUAAUGAAUGUGGUAAACAGUUUUCACUAAAAGGCAAUCUUCAGAAACACACAAGACUUCACAACAGAAUUAAAAUGGUAGCAGUUUGCAAAUCAGUCCAGAAAAACAAGAACCCUUCAGGACUUGAGUGAGGUUCAGUAGUGUCCUGAAAAGUAAGCAAACUAAACUAUAAUUGAAAAAAUGAAUCUUAAGGAGAAGCCAUUUUGAUGUUUGAAAUGUGGCAAACAAAUCUGUCAGAGCAGUACACUUCAGAGAAGCACCAGAAUUCCCACUGGAGAGAAGUACAACUGAACUGUCCUGACUAAAGAGUGAGGUUCACUCCUGCCUGGACAUUAAGCACAUGUAACUGACACAAAUCCAUCCUACUUAGUGUUGUGUCAAAAACAAAUCAACAUGGAGGAGACAUGGAAGUUUACAUCCUUUUUCCUUUUCCACGAACAAAAGAAAGAACAGGGCAUCAUACAAGCGGCUUCCCACCAAAGCCCCUACAGCCUCCACCGUGCGCCUAAUUCUGUUUUCAUAACAUACAUAUUACAUAUAGAACUGUUUACAUAAUACACAUUUCAUCAGAAAAAAGAAAAAAAAAAACAGCCUCACACAAUAAGUAAUA